CAUACUCAGAGGGGCAGGAGGGAACAGGCUGUUCUGCUAUAAAGCUCAUUUAGCACUGUGUUUUGCUCUCCACUUCAUCUGAUCUUUUCACAGGUGACACACAAUGAACGAUAUCUACAAAGCAGCGGUAGAGCAGCUCACCGACGAGCAGAAAAAUGAGUUCCGCGCAGCAUUUGAUAUUUUCGUUCAGGACGCUGAGGAUGGCUGUAUUAGCACUAAGGAGCUUGGGAAGGUGAUGAGGAUGCUGGGCCAGAACCCCACGCCGGAAGAACUCCAGGAGAUGAUUGACGAAGUGGAUGAGGACGGCAGUGGUACGGUGGAUUUUGAGGAGUUUUUGGUCAUGAUGGUGAGAUGCAUGAAAGAUGAUAGCAAAGGGAAAUCAGAGGAAGAACUGGCAGAACUCUUCCGUAUGUUUGAUAAGAAUGCAGAUGGUUACAUUGAUCUUGAUGAACUGAAGCUGAUGCUGGAAGCUACAGGUGAAACCAUCACUGAAGAUGACAUCGAGGAACUGAUGAGGGACGGAGACAAAAACAAUGAUGGAAAAAUCGAUUAUGAUGAGUUUUUGGAGUUCAUGAAAGGGGUAGAAUAAACAAUGAAGCAAUGUCUUCCUGUGUUUCUCCCUGGAUUGUCUGCACACAAAAGGAGAGUAAAUGUUUAAGCGUGAUGAGAAAGAUCAACAGAGAGCCUAUCAAUCCAUGAUGUAUCUCAUUACUGUGAUUUUAUUGUGAUUUUCAGGACAAUAUUUUCAGAAGAUUAAAUUAUUUUACACAUGUGUAAACAUAUUUUGAAUUCAAGGCCAAAUUGUGUAGAUUUAAGACUUUGCUUGGGUUUAAUUUGCCUCUUUAUAUAUUCAUUUAUUUUCAAUAUUUUGAAUUCACAUUUAUUUAGGAAAUAAGUCAUGGUUCCAUAAUGUAACACACCACACUGAGGUGGAAUCUGAGCCUAAAUGUUCAUUUCAUUCUACCACAGUCUGUUUUAUACUGGGAAAGAAAUAAUUAUUCCAAAGACAUUCCCAUAAUCUGCAUCUGUCUAUCUAUUUUAACAAAGUCUGAGUUUACAUUUGAGAGCCUGUACUUUGUACAUUGUUUUCCUGUCCAUCUAUCAAAUUAACAAAAUGCUACUAUACCCUUGUCUGCAAAAUAGAAUAAAGCAUUAAAAAAAAUUGCUUUGUUUCAUUCCUUGAGCCAUGCAUUGAAACAUUGACUUUUAGAGUUAUACUAGCAUUUCUUGUUGUAAGUGACAGUGUUUAGGGAGUGGUGUGGUGUGUUGUAGUUUUUUAAAUUUUGACUUGUCUGUUGAUGGAAGAUUCUGUCGCCUAAAAAGCAAGCAGUGAGUCUGUUUGAAUAAAAGUGUCUGCUAUAUGA